CAAGCCUGCCCGACUCUCAAGACUUCACCAUGAACCGCCUUCUCGUGGUCCUGCUUAUCGUCCUGCCGGCUGCAGUUCUCUCCAUGCCCGCUAGGCACAACCGGAAGGCUAGAUCGAACUAUUUCUCGUGUGAUGGGAAAGAGUUCGGCCGUCUGUACCAGGACGUGCAGGACUGUCAGCGCUACUUCGAGUGUGUGGAGGGCUACUCUGGACCGUUCCAUCGCAACUGUGCUCCGGGGGGUAUCGUCUUCGACGAAGAGCAGCAGCAAUGCGACUGGCCGUCAAACGUACCAGCUCCUUGUGGGACCAAAGACGACACCUCUACAGAGCAAGAACAGACAGAUGACAGUUCUGAGGAGGACGGCGGGAACCAGAACGGGGAUGGGAACGAGAACGGACAGACGACCGAGACGGGAGACGGGAACGAGAACGGAGAUGGAAAUGGCGGGAACGGUGACAGUGGGGAGGGCACAAGCAACUCUAAUGAAGAUGAGAACACUGAUGGUGAUGAUAUAGAUAGUUCAGAAGAAUCUUCAGAAGAGUCAGAAGAAUCUUCUGAGGAAUCUUCCGAGGAAUCAGAACAAUCUUCCGAGGAAUCAGAACAAUCUUCCGAGGAAUCUUCAGAAGAAUCAGAAGAAUCGUCUGAAGAAUCAGAAGAAUCCUCUGAAGAGUCUUCAGAAGAAUCUUCCGAAGAGUUAUUUGAGAGUUUCUUUGGUGAUAUCUUUGGGUAAAUCUGUCUAUGAUUACCGUUACAUGUGUAGAGGAAGACGUCAAUCCUAUGUGAUCCUAUGUAUGCUGGUGUACACAGGCAUGUUCUGUUGAAAUGGUAAAUUUCUUGUUGUAACGUAGUUCACAGAUUGGUGGUUGCAUGGAUUGGUAGUGCUGCGACAAUGCUUUAGUUUCAGGUGUUGCCUAUGUAUCUCGUUAAAUUCAGGGAUACUCUGGGAAUACUACCUAACAUUUGCAACCAUACAUAAGGUUUUGUAUAGUUACUUCAGUUUAUUUAUUCAUACAUUUUGUAUUAAUUAUUCCUUGCUACGAUUCAAAUUUGUAAGAAAUCCUAACGUAGUUAACGUUAACUUGUUACAUGUAAGUUGUAAUAUGUUCUAAUUUUCCUAUUAUUUAACGUUACACAUUUGAUGUUUUGUACAAGAUUAAGAUUGAAUAAAUAAUGUAAAUAAAUGAGUGCCUGUCUCUGCGUGGUAAAUUGGCCCUAAUUUACUUCAAAUACCUGCAAUUUAUGCCGAAGGUUGCCAGAACGCAAACAAACAAAAUGGCGGUUUCGAGUUCGGUUUGACGUUCUUGCGUUCCAGGGCAAUGACCCUAAUUGAUGCACCCGCAGAAGGCCCAAAUUGAGUCCUUAAAAUGACGUAAGGAAUAGCCAAAAUCUCGAUGGCAGCAUAUUUGACAGCUACGAUGAUUUUCACUGGUCGGAAUUUUGAAAAUCAGACUUUUGGACACUUGAGGUAGCGGGCUGCUGUGUGGGGUGAGUUCUUAUAUGACGUGGAAUGUUCACGGAUGAGAUUAUGACACCUUAAACAUGCUUAUAUUUACAUUAUGGCCAAUACAGAUUUCUAUUGGUGUUCACUGGCCUCCAAGCCUCGUUUUCGUGUGAGAUUUUGACUCACCUAGAAUUGGGCAGGGUUUUUUUAGACAUGUAAUGCCUUUGUUAGCAUAUUGAAGCACAAAGUCAUGAAUAAAUAAAUGGUGAGGCAUAGGGUACAUGUUUCACCGUAGUUAUUGUAUUCAAAUAUUAUAAUUUUAGCUGAAAUUCUGAUAUCUUUUGGACGGCUAUUGUCUAAACCAAUGGAACUAUACACAAUUCAAACAGCAUUGUGACACAGGUAACAACGACACUGUCAGAAAAAUGGCCCGUCUGAGGUCAAAACGUUGUAUUGAUUGUACAUUCUUUGUUUACAAUUAGAAUAAGGCCUAGGACUGCAUCAUAACCAUUAGAUGCUGUAUGCAAUUGAAAUUAAUGCAAAACAUAGA